GAAAAAAGUCUUCAAAACUUAGUGAGCAUCUUUACAAAUCUACAACAACAAAAUGUCGUUGAUUCCGUGGUUAUUUGAUUACGAAAUUGAGCGUCCUCGUCGCCUCAUGGAUCAACAUUUCGGCUUGGGGCUGACUCCGGAAGAUUUUCUCAGUGCUGCAGCCGGCCCCCUUGUGAGCAGAGAAUACUACCGCCCGUGGCGUCACCUUGCUGCCGCGGCUCGAGACCUUGGCUCCAGCAUCAAAAGUGAUAAGGAUAAGUUCCAAGUAAACCUGGACGUCCAGCAUUUCGCCCCGGAAGAAAUCUCUGUUAAAACGGCGGACGGCUACAUCGUGGUUGAAGGCAAACACGAGGAGAAGAAAGAUCAGCAUGGUUACAUAUCGCGUCAAUUCACUCGUCGCUACGCUUUGCCGGAGGGCUGUACGGCUGAAUCUGUGGAGUCCCGGCUGUCUUCAGAUGGUGUGUUGUCUGUAAUCGCACCCAGGAAGGUGCCGCCAGCAGUGGAGGGUGAACGCAAGAUUCCGAUCGCCCAAACCGGACCCGUGCGCAAGGAGGUGAAGGACCAAUCCAACGGCGACAAGGCUUAAGUCGUCAGCAGUGUCAGCACAAGUGUUCUAUUUUAAUUACCUACAUAGCCAUUCCGUGAUCUUUGUUUUAAAGACUGAUUGCUUUUAAGUUACAAUAAAUGUUCGCUUAGUACAUA